CCGACUUUCCCCUUCCCCUUCCCCUUCCCCUUCCCCUUCCGUCGCGCGGGCCACCCACCUCCUUCCCCGGAUCCCGGAUCCGAGGGGGCGGCAGAUCCGAUCCGGCGAUGGCGUCCACGGCGGCGAGGCGGCUGCGGGAGCUGCAGGGGCAGCCGGGGAACAAGACGUGCGUGGACUGCGCGCAGCGGAACCCGCAGUGGGCGAGCGUCUCGUACGGGGUGUUCAUGUGCCUCGAGUGCUCGGGCAAGCACCGCGGCCUCGGCGUCCACAUCAGCUUCGUCCGCUCCGUCACCAUGGAUUCGUGGACCGAGGUCCAGCUGAGGAAGAUGGAGGCCGGCGGCAACGACCGCCUCAACGCCUUCCUCGCCGCGCGGGGCGUGCCCAAGGAGACCCCCCACGUCGCCAAGUACAACUCCAACGCCGCCGCCGCUUACCGCGACCGCAUCGUCGCCGUCGCCGAGGGCCGCCCGUGGACCGACCCACCCGUCGUGAAGGAAACGCCCGGAUCUGGCGCGCCCGCCCCCACCAGGAGGCCGCCGUUGCCCGCCGGAGGCGCAGGUGGUGGUGGCGGCGGCGGCGGCGGCGGAUGGGAUGACUGGGACGACGACUUCCGGCCCGACAUGAGGAGGAACCAGUCGGUGGGGUCGUUCGGUUCCCCGGAUGCGGAAUCAGGGAGGCAGCCACCGAGGUCCAAGUCGACGCAGGACAUGUACACGAGGCAGCAGCUCGAGGCGUCGGCGGCCGGUAAGGACAGCUUCUUCGCCAGAAGGAUGGCAGAGAACGAGGCGAAGCCCGAGGGGAUCCCGCCCUCUCAGGGUGGGAAAUACGUCGGUUUCGGCUCCAGCCCGGCACCGUCGGCGAAUAGGAACGGGGGUGCUGCCCAGGGCGAUGUCAUGCAAGUCGUCUCCCAGGGUUUUGGACGACUUUCAGUAGUUGCGGCAUCUGCUGCCCAGUCUGCUGCCAGUGUUGUUCAAGUUGGCACAAAAGAGAUCCAAUCAAAGAUGAGGGAAGGAGGGUAUGAUCAGAAGGUGAAUGAAACUGUAAAUGUUGUUGCCAAUAAGACUGCAGAGAUUGGAAGCAGAACAUGGGGAAUUAUGAAAGGAGUAAUGGCGCUGGCAACACAAAAGGUUGAGGAGUAUACCAAGGAAGGAGGAAGUGGAUGGGGGGACGAUUGGCAACGAAGGGAGCAGGGCAGCGAGCCUUACAGUAGGUUUGAGCAUGAAACCAAUGGUAAUGGGUGGAAUUCUUCUCAUAAUGGUUCAUCAAAGAAUUACAAUUCCAAUUCCUGGGAUGAUUGGGAUGAGCAAGGCAAGAAGGAUGAGCCUACGAAGGAACGCCAGAGCAGUGACUCCUGGGCCGGCUGGGAUGAUGGGAAGGAUGACAGUUUUGAUAGUUACAAUCACAGCACCCCAAACAAGGGGAGCAAUCAGAACGGAACCUCCGGUGGCUCCUAUUGGACGGAAGGUGGCUUCCGCUGAAGUUUGGUUUCUUUCUAGAGAUAUAUACUUGCAGAAUUAUAUGUGCCAGAAAGUGUGAGCGUCCAGUGGUCCGUAUCAUUCAGGAUACUAAAAAGGGUCGAGUAAAAGAGUUUGUGUUUUUGUACGUUGUUUACAAAUAUUAUGUCUAGUGGUAUGUUCCAUGGUCAAUGAAGGCUCAGCAGAAACUGUCAUCCCAAUUACUAAGAAAUGUCAAAUUUAAACUGUAAUCUACACAAAAACUUCCUCACAUUCUUUAUUGCUUCAACUUGAACUGUUCUUUUUGUGUGUGUGUCUUGGGCGCGCAGGCUACAGCUUGUCUUAGCUAUGCCAUUAUUUGCUCUAGUUGACAGUCUGUCCA